AUGAGGAGAGGGUUGCCACCUCAGAGGCAAUCAAUCAAAAAAUUGCCAUCAACAAAGACCCUCCCCAGUGUUAAGAAAUCACUUGCGUCAACAAGUUCAAUUCCUAAGUCAAAAUAUCCUAUUUCUCCACCAAAAACACCAGGAGAUUCGUCUGUUCGAGUUUCGAAGAUUAAAUCUACGUCAAAGAUCGCUCCUCCAAAGCCUGACAUAAUAAUUGUUAAUGCAAUCAACAGCAUUUUUAAAAACGAACAAACAAAAACUUCGUUUGUUCACGUAUUUUCUGCAACACAGCAAGUUGAUGAUAAUAAUACAAUUUCAAAGCUCUUUGCGCACUUUCGCGAACAAAUUCUUGAUAAACUUGAUUUUCUUAAAAUUGUAACUGUUGAAGACUUAAUUGAUCAUUAUGAUUUAUUCAACAGCCAGAUUUCGAAAAUACAAAGCUUUAUGAAAUUCCUCGGACGUAAAAACAUUCUUGAUUCUCGAAAUAAUUUACCAAUUUGGAAAUUCAAUGAAGAAUUAGCAAAACAUGAAAACAAAUGCUUUACAAUUGCUAGAGAACUAUGGCUAGAUCAUGUUCAUAAGCGAGUACUCAAUGAUUUAUCAAAAGAAAUCAAAAUAAUUUUUCAAAAUCUUGUCAAAAAUAAUAACUCCCAAUCUGAAUCAAUUGUUCAGAGACUAUAUGCUAUAUUCAAGGAUUUGGGCCUUGAUUACAUCCAAUCUGUUUCAGAUUUGUUUAAUAUGACUUAUAAUAUUGAACACAAGGAUAAAUCACCAAGUGAGAAGUUACAAUUUUUGAUGUAUGAUCUAAACAGACUUUCCCAAGUAUUUCCAAUGGAAAAACUUCAAGAAUUAAUUUUUUUAAAUCAUAUCGACGAUUUUCUUGUUCCUUUGCUUAAGAAUAGAGAUGACGUACUUCUUCCUAUGCUUCCUGAAUUCAUUACGCCAAAUUUAGCUUCAGAAUACUCAAAAAAAGUUGUAGAAUACAUGGAAUCUGUUUCUCUUCCAGUUGAUUUCUUUUCUCUUGCGGAGUUCCUUAGAUACUUUUCAUCUAUCAUUCCAAAUAGCUUACCUGUUAGAAAAUAUGUUGGAAAUUAUUUGAAUAGAACUACUACGAAUUUUCCUUCCUCUCUUGCAUUUGUUUUCUUUGCUCAUAUAGAAUUAACAGAUAAUCUGAAACCGUUAGCUAAUUUAAUUCCUCUUUACACAAAUCAAGACGAUAUAUCAGAUGAAAUUAACAAAUAUCUUAUGAAAAGAUUACUUCAACACCGUAGCUCUGAUAUAACUCUUGAACGGAAGUUAAUAGAAACAUUGAAAUCAGUUGUUGGAAGAGAUUUAGUUCGAACAGCCUCAUUAAUCCUAAAUAAUUAUAAGAUUACAGAUAAUAUGAUGAUUGUAUGUAAACCUUUAUGGAUUCGUGUCAUUCCUGAUGAUAGUAUCAAACUCCCAAAGGAAAUGGAACAAUCAUUGAACGUUUUGACACAAAAAUACAAGUCAUACUAUCAAAAAGUUCAAUUAUCUGGUAUCUACUCUACAGUAAAUGUGAAUUGCAAGUAUGAAAAAGAAGAAAAAACCGUAAUUAUGUCAAUUCUUCAGUAUAACAUUAUUAAACUCCUUGAAUCUGGUAUUACAAUGGUCCAAGAUAUGGGAACAACAACUGAGAUCGUUAAAAAGCAUAUGAAACCGCUAAUUAAAGCUAAAUUUAUUUGUAAAGUUCCUGGCGGCUUUUCAAUCAGCAAAACUCCGAUCUCAGGCAAGAAAAUCAAUGUUUACGAGUACACAAUUAAGAGUAAAAAGUCUCAAGUCAAAAAGAAAGAAAAGAAAACAGAAGAAAAACCACCAGAGGACCACUUAAACGGUGUUAGAGCAGCAGCCAUCAAAAUCAUGAAGAAUGAAAACAAGCUUUCGCGUGAUUCAUUGAAGAAAUCAAUUUUGCAAAUCACUUCAAAGUUAUUCGAAACUUACGAUGAUGAAAUGAAUAGAGCUAUCAAAUCCUUGAUCUUUGAUCAAUAUUUAUCUGUUGAUAAAAAUGAUGAAAACAUUCUCCACUACGUUCCAUGA